AUGGCGGAGUUUGGUUUAUCAGUUAGAGCGACUUAUACAAUUAUAUCAGACGAGCAGUUAGAUACAACAACGUUGGAAAUUUUGACUAGUUUUCCAAACAUUGGCUAUAAACGAAUGACUGGUCAUUUGCGAUCUCGAGGAAUGAGAAUCCAGCAAAAAAAAAUUCGAGAGUCAAUGCGAAGGGUGGAUCCACAGGGGACUCUUGUUCGUGCAUUGGAAAUGAACAUCAUACAUUGCAGAGCAUAUUCAGUCCCGUCACCUUUAGGUCUAUGGCACAUUGAUGGUAACCAUAAGCUAAUAAGGUAUGCUACAGUGCAGGGGUGUAUAUAGUUACCAGAGGGGUUACUUUCUCCCCUGCCAAGGUCUCGAAAGGGUUAUUUUUUUCCAUUAUUCAGGAGUGGUAUAAGAAAUGAACCCCAAAGAAAAUGAUGGAUAGUUGAGAAAUUGUUAGUGAGGGAUGUUGGAGGGGUCCUCCCCAGAAAAAGUUUGUAUUUUUGAGACUCCAUGCCUAGAUUUCUUGGAUUUUAGAGACAUUUUUAUAUAUCUCAUCUAAAUGGACUGAUCUUUCCUUCUUUCCCCUGGUCAAUCCCUGAGGAAUGACAAAUAUAGUGCUAACGCUGCAGGGUAGGGAUCAAGUGACCAUACCCUGUAGUAGGUCAUAAUUCCCCAAACCAAAGUACAGUAGCUUAUUCAACUUUUGAAAGAAGAUGUUAUUACAAAACAUAAAUGGUACAAGGCAAAACAAUUGCAUAAUCCAAUGGUAACAUACUACGUAGCUUUCAAAUUCCCUGCCUCAGGAAGAGCCAAAUUGCAAAUGCCCCACUUUUGCCAGAGAGGAAUGGAUUUGACUGGUCACAUCCUGGUUUGAAAGGUCUUCUGUCAAUUUGAGGUAUACGUCCUUGAUCAAUUUUCGCUGGCUUGAGGGGGUAUACUAAAUCGGUUCAUAUUAUGUUCAUUUAGGUGGAGAUUUGUUAUUCACGGUUGUAUCGAUGGGUUUUCUCGCAUGGUUGUGUAUUUGGGAUGUUCCACUGAUAAUAAAGCUGCUACCGUUUUUACCCUUUUUAUGGAUGGUGUGACAGAGUUUGGUUUGCCUUCACGAGUUAGAUCCGAUAAAGGGGGUGAAAAUGUUGAUGUUGCCUGGUUCAUGCUUACACACCCACGUCGAGGCCCUGAUCGUGGAAGCCAUAUCACUGGUCGAAGUGUCCACAACCAGCAGAUUGAAAGGAUGUGGAGAGACCUUUUCGCUGGCUGUACUCACCUUUUCUACGAGUUGUUUCACUUCAUGGAGGAAUGUGACAUCUUAGAUGCAUCAAAUGAACAUCAUUUGACUGCUCUUCAUUAUGUAUAUCAACCUAGAAUUAACAGGAGCUUAGCAGAUUUUAAAUCCGGUCACAAUAAUGGGCCUAUUAGCAGUGAAGGUAAUCAAAGUCCUGAACAACUUUGGAUUAAUGGCAUGAUAAGGAAUAGGAACCCUCAUGGGACAGUUGCAAGAGAGUUUGCAGAACAGGUAAAUGUAGUAAAUACAACAAGUCAUAUUAUUCUGUAUAUAUUGAUUAAUUAAUAACACUUGUGUUAUUAAGAACAGUGCUGAGAAGUAAUAAUAAAUUAAUAGUAUUGCUUAUUAAUUAAGCAAUGGAGUAAAAUAACACAAUUAAAUAUUCCAAUUAAUUAACCAACUAAUCUUUACAUAACUGAUAACAAGUUUUCAUUAACCAUAAAAUAUUCUGUUCAUAAUCAUAAAUACGCUUUUAAUUCGACCAGCGAUUGUAGAAUUCAACAAUUUCUAUUGAUAGCUCGCAUCUUUACAUGUCGGAAAUGAAUUGAUACACGGUCGACUCUACUUUAACAUGUGGUGUCUUCUGUCUCCAGAAAAUUCCACCAAAAUCUAUGUAG